UGUAGGGGAAGGAGGUACAAAACCUCCGGGGGAGCGGGUGCCUGUUCCGCUCCAGCCCAGCAGAUGCCCGUCUGUGCGGGUCGGCAAGGCUGCCCGCAGCCGGGAGGGAGAGACUUGGCCGUAAAGAGUUAAUCAGGGGUGGCAGGGUGCUCCAGGCAUGAGUCCUGUGUGCGCCUCAUAGAUGCACUAGCCAAUCCUAGGCGACAGAAGCAUGAACUAUAUGUAGCAUGGUGUGAAAAGCGAGGUAAGGAAAAUAGGGUGUAAACUGUCACUGUGUAUUGGAAAGCAGGAGACCUGCUUUUUGGGGCUACGAUUUCUGUGCUACUUAGACACUAUCAUGCAUUUAAAAAGGUGUUGAGGGAAAGCUAAGAGAAUGAAGGCUCUAAGUCCCCAGUGGAAGCAUGAUAUGGCGAUGCAGUGCUGGUGCUGAAUUGUUCUCUCUGAUGGCUCUAUGGGAGUGGAUAGCACUGAGUCUUCAUUGCUGGGUUUUAGCAGUUGCUGCUGUUUCGGAUCAGCAUGCCACAAGCCCCUUCGACUGGCUCCUCUCUGAUAAGGGACCCUUCCAUCGCUCACAGGAAUACACAGAUUUUGUGGACAGAAGUCGACAGGGAUUUAGCACAAGAUACAAGAUUUACAGGGAGUUUGGCCGCUGGAAAGUAAACAAUCUUGCUGUUGAAAGAAGAAAUUUCCUUGGCUCCCCACUGCCACUUGCCCCUGAAUUCUUCCGUAACAUAAGGCUACUCGGACGCCGCCCGACCCUUCAACAGAUCACAGAAAACCUUAUCAAGAAAUAUGGGACACAUUUCCUACUGUCAGCUACCUUGGGAGGAGAGGAGUCACUCACAAUUUUUGUGGACAAACGGAAGCUGAGCAAGAGGUCAGAAAGAAGCGAUCCCAGCACGAACAGCUCUGCAGUGACUCUGGAGACCCUGCACCAGCUCGCAGCCUCCUACUUCAUUGACAGGGACAGCACACUGCGCAGACUCCACCACAUCCAGAUUGCCUCCACUGCCAUAAAGGUAACAGAAACACGGACUGGUCCUCUUGGCUGCAGUAACUAUGACAACCUAGAUUCUGUCAGCUCUGUUCUGGUUCAGAGUCCUGAAAAUAAGAUUCAGUUGCAAGGUCUUCAGGUCAUCCUGCCUGAGUAUCUGCAAGAACAUUUUGUUCAGGCAGCUCUGAGCUAUAUUGCCUGCAAUUCAGAGGGGGAGUUCAUCUGCAAGGACAAUGACUGCUGGUGUCAGUGUGGUCCCAAAUUCCCAGAGUGCAACUGUCCCUACAUGGACAUUCAAGCCAUGGAAGAAAAUCUGCUCCGCAUAAGUGAGACUUGGAAUGCAUACAACAGUGAAUUUGAAGAAUCUGAUGAAUUCAAAUUAUUUAUGAAAAGGCUGCCCAUGAAUUAUUUCCUGAACACAUCUACUGUAAUGCAUUUGUGGACAAUGGAUUCUAAUUUUCAACGUCGCUAUGAGCAACUAGAAAACAGCAUGAAGCAACUCUUCCUCAAGGCACAGAAAACUGUUCACAAGCUCUUUGGUCUUAGUAAGAGAUGCCAUAAACAGCCACUCAUCCGCAUGCCAAGGCAGAGAUCUUCCAACUAUUGGCUCAACCGCAUCCAGUCCUUUCUCUAUUGCAAUGAAAAUGGUCUCCUGGGAAGCUUCUCUGAAGAGACUCAUACAUGCACCUGCCCUAAUGACCAGGUUGCCUGCCAUGGGUUCCUUCCCUGCACAGUUGGAGAUGGCUCUGCGUGCUUGAGCUGUGCUCCUGACAAUCGCACCCGCUGUGGGAGCUGCAAUGCUGGCUACAUGCUAAGCCAAGGGCUUUGCAAGCCUGAGGUGGCAGAAUCGACAGAGCACUACAUUGGGUUCGAGACCGACCUUCAGGAUCUGGAAAUGAAGUAUUUACUGCAGAAGACAGACCGGAGAAUUGAGGUCCAUGCUAUUUUCAUCAGCAAUGACAUGCGCCUCAACAGCUGGUUUGAUCCUUCUUGGCGCAAGCGGAUGCUCCUUACUCUUAAGAGUAACAAGUACAAGUCUAGCCUGGUCCAUAUGAUACUGGGCCUCUCUCUUCAAAUUUGCCUAACUAAAAACAGCACCUUAGAGCCCGUUCUUGCUGUUUAUGUCAACCCUUUUGGGGGCAGCCACUCUGAGAGCUGGUUUAUGCCUGUGAAUGAAAAUAAUUUCCCAGACUGGGAGCGGACUAAACUGGACUUACCCCUUCAGUGUUAUAACUGGACGCUGACUCUGGGCAACAAGUGGAAGACAUUUUUUGAAACUGUACACAUCUAUUUGAGGAGUCGAAUAAAGUCAAAUGGUCCAAAUGGCAAUGAGAGCAUCUACUAUGAACCCCUGGAAUUUAUUGAUCCCUCAAGAAAUCUGGGCUACAUGAAAAUCAAUAACAUCCAAGUGUUUGGCUACAGCAUGCACUUUGACCCAGAAGCAAUUCGAGACUUGAUUUUGCAGCUGGACUACCCCUAUACUCAGGGAUCACAGGACUCAGCACUUUUGCAGUUGUUAGAGAUACGGGAUCGUGUAAAUAAACUCUCUCCACCUGGUCAACGUCGUCUAGACCUCUUCUCUUGCUUGCUCCGUCAUAGACUUAAACUGUCUACCAGUGAAGUGGUGAGGAUUCAAUCUGCUUUGCAGGCCUUUAAUGCCAAAUUGCCAAACACAGUGGAUUAUGACACAACCAAAUUAUGUAGUUAACCAUAAAUGUGAAGCACAACACAAAACCUUGAAGUUUUUACAGUGCUUUUGUGGAACAGUUUAUGUUUGGAAGAGUAAAUUUAAAUUGUCUUUUCAAUAUCUGUCUUAUAUCAGUCAAUACUGUUGGAUGGCAAUUUACAGACAUGAACUUGCUGACAAUGAAUAUAUUAUAUCUGCAGUUUUGGUUUAUGAAUGAAAUAAAUACUGACACCAGUCUAGAAGACAUUCUACUUUUUACAAUAAAUUUCAUUUGUAAUUUUAUAUGUUCCGUGGCAAUGCUUUUGUGCAUUACAUCCUCUAGAGGGAACAUAGAAGGAUACCAAUAAAAUUUUGUAGCUGAACAGUUAUUAAAAAGAAA